AUGGAAAAGAAGUUAUUAAAAAGUUGUUCCAAGAAAAGUUCUCCUAAGUUGAAGUUGCCGCCAAUAGAAAAGAGUGAAGUGAAAACUACUUUAGAUAUAGACCCUCAUUUUUAUUCCUUGGUAGAAAACAGACCGAUAAGACCGAAUAAAUCUCUCCACAAAUACAAACACAAUAUUAGAAAUAUAGCAUUAAAAAGAACUCUCUAUGGGUUUGUGACGGAUGAGAUAUUAAGAAUCAAUAGGGAGAUUGAAACGGAGAGAAAGAUUUACAAUGCAACAACAGAACGAUUCGAUGAGCACAAGCAUAGUUUUGAUAAAUUUCUUGACGAUGAUAAUAAUAAAACGAUUGUUAUCAUGACAAAGUCUGAUAACUUAGCAAAAGAGUUAGCGAAUCAAACCGAGGAGCACAAACAAGUUAGUUUCGAAUUAGCGACUUUGAAGUCAAAGUUACAGUAUAUUACGGAGUCGCUUCAAAUAUUAUUAUCAUUUCAAGGUUUUCUUUUUAAUGCCGCACCAAUACUCUGGCAAGAGAAGGAAUGUAAAUAUAUUAAUAUGGAGAAUUUUGAGAUUAUAUCAAUGGAUUCUGAUAUUUUCUGUGAAAUUGACAAAAAUGUAAUAAGCGACCGAUUAAGCAAACUGCCGCCUCCUAGUCUGUACUUUAAAACACCUGAUCAAUUACUGAAUGUAUUUAAUUUAUUGGAGAAACAAAAUUUGAAUUAUCUUUUAGUCACCGAAGAAUUGAAUAUGGAGAAAAAUAAAUUUGUUAAAUCCCUUGGGAAUUUGAAGAAAUUGCUGUGGAUGGAACUUGACUACAUAAGGGAAAAGAUGAGAGAAAUUGAAGAGACAAUUGCUUGGAAUGAAAUGCGCGAGAUAGAAUUACAAAGGCUAUUUUAUAAAAUAUUGGAUGACAAAUUAAGCUACUUAGUGUCAUCACAGACCGUUUUACAAAUAUUUAAUUACGUCACAUUUGCUUACGAACAAGUGAUAGCUCCAAACGACGCAAACCUCAGUUCUUUAGAUAUGAUGAUGGCUCUUGAGAGGGAGUACAAUGAUCUCAUGUUGGAUCUGUCAGCAUUUGACCUUCAAGUAAUAAAGUCAAUUGAAAAGGAGACUUAUGAAAAUGAAGCCAAGGAAACAAAACGAGCUAAAGAGGCAAAUAAACUGUUGAAAGAUGUCGAUAAACUAAAGAAACCCAAACCAAUGGUGCCAUUAAAAACUUUAGAUAUUAUUUUUCGAAGAAGAUACGUACCAAAUACUCAACAUUAUUUUUCAAAUAGAAAGCAUGCUGUAACUGGAAAGGGAGAGCCAAGUAAGGUGACAAGACCGUUUCGUGUACCGAGGUCAGAAAAACUUCUAUCUUACAUAAAAUAUAGCGACCGUCGAGAAAAGCUUAUCGGUAAAAACAGAUUGUCUCAACCUUUACACCUAAAAGAUAAUCUAAGAAUGGCUGCAACUCGAGAUAUUUCUGAAAGGCUUUAUUUAAAAGAACCACCCGAUGACGUACGUGCGGUUGUUGAGAUACAUCCAGAGUUUUACACAGUAAUUGAAGGAAGACCUUUACGUUGUUUUGAUGAUAUAAAGGUAUACAUUAAUAAUAUACGAAGCUACGCUAUGUAUCGACAACAAAUUGGUUAUAGACGUGAUCUUAUUAUGAAAAUUGAUAGAAAUUUAUCUGAAGAGACUAGAGAGCAUGACGAAAUAGUUCUUAAUCUUAAACAACAUAUAAAAAACUUUCAACGGUUUUUAACAGAAGACUACAAAAGAUCUUGUAUAAAAGUAUCGAACAUGGAAAGAGUGAAUGCAGAAUUAGUAGCGAAAAAUUCAGAAUUUCUGGGUUAUGUUUCAAAGCUGACGAUACUCAAUAAUAUUUUGUUUAAGCUUGACGCUAUUCGAAGUAUAUUAAAAAUAUACAGAAGCUACUUAAUAUUUGUUGCACCUCUAUCGUGGCGACAGAUAUACGAUGAGAAGUUAAAGCAUAAAGUACAAUCCAUACAGUUUGAUACGGGAGAGUUUGUUACAGAUAACGAUCUUGUUGAAACAUUGGACAUUGAUAAAAUGGUUGAAUUGGCUAAACAAGAAUUAAAAAAUCCAUAUCCGCCGCAUAUUUAUUUUAGGAAACCACGACAAAUGAUGUAUUUGUUUCGUACAAUGGAAUUACAAAGCAGAGAAUAUUUGAUACAACUCUCAAAAACAGACGGUCCAUAUAGACUCUUACAAGAUCGUAUUAAGGAAUUAGUAAAGACAACUAAGCAGGAAUUAGAUUAUUUUCAAUAUUACAUCGAUAGCAUUAAUAAUGAAAUUGCAAGAGAAACGUAUAAUGAAAAUCACUUGCAAAAAAAAUUUUUUAGAAUAUUAAAUACAAAUUUCUAUGAUAGUGUUGCCAGUCCUAAUACUUUGAAACUAAAAAUAUGUAUCGAAUAUGUAUAUGAACAAAUUUUCGGCAAAUGUGACGAAGGUCAUCAGAAUUUACAGGAUCCAAUGAAAAUUUUGGAAGUAAUGUAUGAAGAUUACAAUUUGCGGUUAGAUUCAUUAGAUUUUAAAAUAGUGAAUCAAGCACGAAAUGAUUUCUUUGCACAAGAUCUUAAAACAAUGAGAAAUGCUUACAAAGCUCAAAGGGAGUUAAGAGCUUUCCGUGAAAUGACUAAUGCCAUGAAUAAAGCAUUCCUACCCCCAGCCAUUUACAAAAGACCGGUUACUCCGAAGUUUUUGGACAAAAAGAGCAAAAUAGCUUUGGUUAUAGCCGAAAGACGUAAAUCCCAAAUGGCUAGUGGUGAACGGAAGAAACCUAAGAAAUACAAAGUAAGUGCAGAGGAACGAGAGGGAUUGCUGUCGUUUACCGAGUGGUGUGAGGAAUAG